AAUGAGGUUCGGCGGGGUCCAGUAACUUGUUUGAGCCGCCGCCCGUCAGUGAUUUACAGCGCUCAGUCAGCGCUGCCGCCAGCUUGGUAACCCGUGCGGGUACCUGUAGAGGCCUACCAACCUUGAUUACACCCCUGUCUUCCAUCCUUCCACUCUCCCCCAUCUCAAAUAUCUGAUCAACUUCUCAUCUCAUCACCUCACCUCAUCUCAAUACCUUUGAUCAGACUAAAUAACCAAGGAGGCUGAUAACUUGUGAUCUAAUCUCAUCAAAAUCUCAUGAUCCUUACCCCAUUACUCACAAUAAUCUCAACCCUCCUCACAAGCAUCCAAACCUGCCCCAACAACUCAUCCCUCCGUACCCUCACCCUCAAAAUGCCCGAAGUAUACAAUAAAGCCUUCAUCCCCCUCGAAUCAAACCCCCAAGUCUUCAACGAACUCAUCACCGCCCUAGGCGCCUCACCUGCCCUCCACUUCCAAGACAUCCUCACUCUCGACGACCCAGCCUUCCUCCCUUCCAAGAUCCUCGCCCUCAUCCUCGUUUUCCCUACAACGCCAACCUACGAAGCCCGGCUGACGGCCGAGGACGCCGGCGCAAAGGAUUGGAUGGUGGAACACGACGAAGAGGAUGAAGAUGCGGUGUGGUUCAAGCAGACUAUUAAUAAUGCGUGUGGGUUGUAUGCUGUCUUGCAUGCUCUAGCAAAUGGUCGGGCCAAAGACUUUGUCACGCCGGGAUCGUUGUUAGACAACCUCCUUUCCAUUACAGCGCCAAUGGACCCGGCACAGGCCGCCAUGGUGCUGGAAGGCUCACAGGAACUCGAGGAUGCGUACGCUGCUAUUGCGACAAAGGGCGACACGACAGCACCGCAGAGUGCCGAGGAAGAAGUCUACUUUCACUACAUCUGCUUCGUCAAGUCACCAGAUACCGGUCACCUCUACGAGUUGGAUGGAGAUAGAAAGGGCCCGGUGGACAGAGGCAUUCCCAACGAAGAGGAAAAGGUGGAUCUCGGACCAAAGUCCGUAGACAUUGUCAGAAAUUUCAUUCAGCAGGGCAGAGAGAGUAUCGGCUUCAGUCUCUUGGCCUUGACUGAGGGGGCAUGAGCAGGCACAUUCACAUUUACGCAUACGCAGACAGGCAUCCUCCAGCGCAGCCAUCGGCACAUUUAGACCGAGGCGUUGCGGUGGCAUUAAUGAUGGG